CAGAGCACACAAACACACAAAGGGGGAGAGAGGAAAAUAUAAAAAAGAACUCCAAACAUGGGAGGCAAACUUAGCAAGAAGAAGAAGGGGUACAAUGUGAAUGACGAAAAAGCUAAAGACAAGGACAAGAAGGCUGAGGGAGCAGCUACUGAGGAAGAGGAGACUCCAAAACAGAAUGAGGAUGCCCAGCAAACCACAGAGACCGCAGAAGUGAAGGAGAACAACAAGGAGGAGAAGGGUGAUAAAGAGUCCCAGGUUGCUGCCAAUAAGACAGAAGACAAAGAAGGGGAAAAAGAAAAAGCCGUGAGCCAGGAAGAAGUCCAGAAAUCUGAACCAGAGAAGCCAGAGGCCGUUGUCGACGCAAAAGUGGAGCCACAGAAGAACAAUGAACAACUGGCAUCUAAGCAAGAGGAACAGACUUCAGCCUCUGCUCCUGCUGCCAGUAGUGAAGCACCUAAAACUUCUGAGCCCAGCAAUGAUGCAAAAGUUUCCCAGCCUUCAGAAGCCACAGCUACUAGUAAAGCAGAUGACAAGAGCAAAGAGGAAGGGGAAGCCAAAAAGACUGAGGCUCCCGCAGCACCUGCAGCGCAAGAAACUAAAAGUGAUGUGGCCCCAGCUUCAGACUCAAAACCUAGCAGCAGCGAGGCUGCACCUUCUUCCAAGGAGACCCCAGCAGCAACAGAAGCACCUAGUUCUACUCCCAAGGCUUCAGCACCUGCAGCCCCACCAGAGGAAGCGAAAUCUUCUGAAGUUCCAGCGACUAAUUCGGAUCAAACCAUAGCAGUGCAAGAUUAA